GCAGUACCUUGGGCUCCUAGAGGAUACAGUAAUGCAAAUACAUUUCAUAUUUACAGGCUGUAACUUGAGGUUUGGGCCAAGGGUCUGGUAUCACAGUACUGCCCUCCGAGGACCACUUUCCAUGACACUUGAUCCCUGGCUGACCAGGAGAGGUGGUGGCAAGUUGGACUGAUGUAUGAAGUUUUGCUAGACAGGGUUUUAUGGGAUAUACUUUGUCCUCCCCUUUGCCCCCAAAUCCCUCCUGCCUCGAUUCAGAUUUGUUGCUGAGUCUGGAGUACGGCAUGUACUAGGAGCAUGUGUCUGGGGAGGGUGCAUGGAGGGAGGCAUGUAUGCAACCCCCACCCCUGCCAAUUGCUGAACAGAAUGUUGUAUCAGCUAGGAUCUGUGCACAGUUCUUAGGAACAGUAGGGGAGUCCCACAUGCUAAUCACACAACACUUUGUAAUGCUUUGAGUGACACCUGUGGGUUUAUGAAAGCUCACAGAAUAGUCAGCCCCCCUGUUCUAAAGAGUCAGUUCUUGGUCACCCCAAAGGCAAGUCAUAGAAAAGCUGCUCAGUUUUAUGAUUGGUCUCUUGGGUGUCCCUUUCUCACACAAAGAAGGAAAGAGCUCUAGCUUGCUGAUGUGCUUUGCAGGAAGAAAGGCCCUGAUUGUGUUGGCACACGAGGAGAAUUCCUUCAAUCAUGCCAUGAAAGAUGCUGCUGUGGGCAUGCUGCAGAAGAGAGGCUGGAGUGUCACCAUUUCUGACCUAUACAAGAUGAAGUUUAACCCUGUGCCAUCACUGGUACUGAACAUCACUGCUCCCCUUAAAGUUCACUGCUCCCCUUAAAACCCCAACAACUUCAAGUAUGGUCCUGAGACAACCUUAGCAUGGGCAGAAGGUUGGCUGAGCAGCAACAUUGUAGCAGAACAGAAGCAGCUCGAAGCUGCAGACCUUCUGAUAUUCCAGGUACCAUCUCACCCUGCCAGAGGAAAGGGGAAAGUCCUGGGUUGA